UUUUCGUGUGACUAAACUUUAAUUCCACUUGUGCAGUUAAUCGACAAUUUCUCAGUUAUUCUAAUAAUAAUGCUCCGAAACACAAGAGUUUGACAGUCAUCGUUUUGGGGCAACAAGAACAAGUGGCAGCUGGAAUCUUUUUGACAAAAAAAAAGCAACUGAAAGACAAAAGAGGAAACAUGUCUUCAUCAGCGAUAUUUGUGCUGGACGUGAAGGGCAAGGUGUUGAUAUCCCGUAAUUAUCGCGGAGACAACAUUGACAUGGCUGUAAUCGAUAAAUUCAUGCCACUGCUCAUGGAACGCGAAGAGGAAGGUCUCGUCACGCCCAUUCUGCAGACUUCAGAGACCACUUUUGCCUAUAUAAAGACAAAUAAUUUGUAUAUUGUGUCUACGACGCCACGUAAUAAGAAUGUGAAUAUUGCCCUGGUCUUUGUAUUUCUGCACAAAAUCGCACAGGUGUUUGUGGAGUAUUUCAAGGAGCUGGAGGAGGAAUCCAUCCGAGAUAAUUUCGUUAUAAUAUACGAGUUGCUCGACGAGCUUAUUGACUUUGGCUAUCCACAAACGACGGACUCCAAAAUACUGCAGGAGUAUAUCACGCAAGAGGGUCACAAAUUAGAGCUGCAACCGCGCAUACCCGUAGCUGUAACAAAUGCCGUAUCCUGGCGCUCAGAAGGCAUCAAGUAUCGCAAAAAUGAGGUUUUCCUUGAUGUCAUCGAGUCGGUCAAUCUGCUUGCCAAUGCCAAUGGCAAUGUGCUGCGCAGCGAAAUCGUCGGCGCCAUUAAAAUGCGCGUCUAUUUGUCUGGCAUGCCAGAGCUUCGUUUGGGACUCAACGAUAAGGUGCUCUUCGAGAGCACUGGGCGUGGCAAAUCUAAGUCUGUGGAGCUGGAGGAUGUCAAGUUUCAUCAGUGUGUGCGACUGUCGCGAUUCGAAAAUGAUCGCACAAUCUCGUUUAUACCACCGGAUGGCGAAUUCGAGCUGAUGUCCUAUCGCCUCAACACGCAUGUCAAGCCACUGAUCUGGAUUGAAUCGGUAAUUGAGCGACAUGCACACUCGCGCGUCGAGUACAUGAUUAAGGCAAAAUCUCAAUUUAAGCGCAGAUCAACGGCCAAUAAUGUGGAAAUUGUUAUACCCGUGCCCGCAGAUGCGGAUUCACCCAAAUUCAAAACAACCAUUGGCAGCUGCAAAUAUGCUCCGGAGCAGAAUGCUAUCAUAUGGACAAUCAAAUCGUUCCCAGGAGGCAAGGAGUAUUUAAUGCGUGCACACUUUGGCCUGCCCAGCGUGGAGAGCGAGGACAACACCGAAGGCAAGCCACCGAUACAGGUGCGCUUCGAGAUACCAUAUUUCACGACGUCGGGCAUACAGGUGCGCUAUCUGAAGAUCAUUGAGAAGAGCGGCUACCAGGCAUUGCCCUGGGUGCGUUAUAUCACUCAAAACGGCGAUUAUCAGCUACGUACCAACUAAUCCCUGUCCACACAC